GUCUCCUACGAGGUGGUUGCCUGGGAAGACCCCGUCUCCCGAGCUUCUCUCUCUUCCGAACAUUCUAGUUCCAGGGCGGAGCUCCGUGCUCACCGAGGCCGCCAGAGCAGCCUCUGGCGAGGGCAGCGCCGCGAUGACACUGAGAGAGGGGUCCUUCCUGUGGUACCUCUACCUGGACAAGCUGUACUGCCUGCUGUCCGUGAGAAACGUGCGGGCCUUGGUGGAGUACUUCCGCCUCCUGGACGUGCACCGCAACAACACCCUGAACGAUGUGCUGUUCUACCACUUUCUUCACCACGUGACCAACUGGAACCGCAGACAGAUCAUAAGCGUGUUCGACAUGCUGGACUGGGAGGCCACGGGCGAGAUCGGUUUUGACCAGUUCUACGUGCUGGUCUGCAUACUGCUGGCCCAGCAGAACCACCUGGAAGAGCAGUUUAUCUACCGCCACUCGCGGCCCGUGUUCGAGCUGCUGGACCUGGACGGGGAGCUGAAGAUCGGUGCCGAGAACUUCCACAUGUACGACUUCCUCUUCCACAUCAAGAAGCAGGAGUUCCGGGACUUCUAUCGCGACCUGGACAUCACGGGGGAUCGUCGUCUUAAUUACAAGGAAUUUAAGCUGUUUACCAUCUUCACCAUGGACAAGUACCAGGAGAAGCAGAAAGCGGAGAUCGAAGAGGAGAAGGAAGAGGAGAAGGCUCUGCUGAAAAACUCCUCCACGUCCCUCGAAGUGUACGUGGCCCCGAAAGACAGUCUCCGUGCAGUGAAGGAACCCGAGAGUACAGUGUGAGGCAUUACGGCCGGCGACAGGUUUAAAAAUAAAUUUGAAC